AUGAAAAACGAUCAGAGUGGUGACCGUCCGCGAGACCCGCGGCAUGUAUAUGCCAACCCAUUACAACCGAGUAUCUGCCCUGUAUUGGCGCUUGCAAUUUACUGGGCGACAACUUCUUUUGACACGGAUAACCGCCUGUUCCCUGGGUCGGACCAGUAUGAUCGAUUUCGGAAAUGUCUGCAACGUUUGCUAGUGGAUGAGAAGGUUGCUGCAGAGCUUAAACGACGAGGGGUCAAUUCUAACGAUUUGGGGACUCAUUCGAUGCGCAAAGGUGCUGCAACGUACUGUGCGUCAGGGUCGACAGCUUGUCCGUCAUCAACCGCGGUUCAUUUGCGUGCUGGGUGG